AAGAGGAGAAAAAGGAAACGCACGAGCAGCUCGUUCAAAAAAAAAAAAAAAAAGGAAACGCACGAGCAGAGCUCAUCCUGUGUUGGGCGUGGCGGUGCUGUGCUUCAUCGAUCCCCACCCAAAUCGGAGCCACGCUCGCCGGCGAGAUCCUUUUCCACCACCGCACUGAUUCCUCCCUCCAAGCCUCCUCUCCAUCCCGGACCUCACGCCAUCGCGGACUGGCUGGCCGGGGACUCUUAGGCGCCGGAGACCGGAGGGGGAUUUGCCGGCGACCGGAGAGGAGAGGCUCGCGCUUCGGAAACGGUCGUUGUCGUCGCCACAGAGACGUGGGCGCACGCGCGGCGGACCUAGUGGAGGCCACUCCGAGUUUGAUUGCCCACGGAGUAAUUGCCAUGGACGAGCAGUUCAUCCUCCGUGUGCCCCCUUCUGUGGCGGAGCACAUCGAGCGUCUUAUGAACGAAUCUGCUGCUGGCUCAUCCUCCAACCCCGAGGACGCCUCCCUCGACCUCUCCUUCUCAGAUGAUGGAAGAAGUGGCACAUUUAUGAUUGGUAACCAGAGCUUUCCUGCAUCUCUCUUGGAUCUCCCAACUGUUGUGGAGUCAUAUAAGACAUAUGAUGAUUCAUUUUUAGUUAAAGCUGCUGAUAUUGGUCAGAUGGUAAUGGUAAGAGAAGAUGUUGAUCCUGCUCCAGAAGAAGUUGAAUACAAGCAUGGACUUACUCCUCCAAUGAGGGACGCACGCAGGCGACGUUACCGCAGAGAGCCUGACUUGAAUGCAGAGCUUGUUCAUCGAGUUGAGAAGGAUCUUAUAAGUAUUAUGCAUGGAGUGUCUGUCAGUAUCCUUUUGGUCCGUGGGAUAUGUGAAAUGUUUCACCUUAUUGCAAUGACCAAAAUGCUAGUGUAACUGGAGCUGGUGAAGGUGGUGACCGCAAGAAAGCUGCACCAGCUCCUGCACCCAAGCCUGACGCUCAAGAGCCUGCUGCAAAUGCCGAAGAAGCUGAGCCUGAGAGGAGUGACUCUGAUGACUCGGAGAACUGAAGUGGGCCAGAAUAGAUAGUGCAGUUGCCGUUGGCCAAGCAAACCAGUGAUUUUAGCGAUUCAGACUAAAUAACGUGUAUUUUUACCAAGCAGGGGUGCUUAUUGUCUUGUUAGGACCUAUUAAAUGCUGCUGCCAUUUUCUCAUGACGAGUUUCGCAUUAAAAUUCUGUUUUUUCAAGAACUGGUUUUCAAUUAACUGGGAAUAGUUUGUGCUCGUAAA